AACCUUUUACCCUCCUCUGCAAAUGAGAAAGAUCUUAGCCCGCAUGAGGUCUUUGUAACGGCUGUUGGCCUUCCCAAAGAGGCUAGGAAGCCGUACAUUCGUCAUCUUCAUAGCUACUACUGCAACGCCUACUGCUAUAUGAAGCCGAAGUGGCGCACCCAGGGCGACAAAUUCGAACCCCGCGCGAGAGUUGGAAAGCUCGUAGGCUAUGAUGACAUGCACGGCCGCAUAUACUGGAUCUAUGAUCAAGAAAAGCAGCAGGUUGUGCGCGUCAGCGCAGUCAAAUUCAGAGAGCAAGACGACCCGGAACCUUCGGCACGAGAG